CUCACCUUAAAAUGAAGAGGAAAGGGGUUCAGCAUGAGUAGGGCGCUGGAUUGGGGAGGCACGGCUUGUGAUUCCGACGUUCUAGAAAAUUCUGGGAUCGGACAGGUGGCAGCAUAGCAAUUGCACCAAUAGCACCAUCACAAUUGAGUCCUUUUUGCCCUAAUAAAAUCCACCAGGACCCCACGUGCAUUGCAGACGCAUCUGGAACUAGCGCUCUGCGGCUGGUACUAACCAGUUAACUAACUAACUAACUCUCUGCAGUACGUUCUGGUCUGUUCAUUGAAGAGAGAGUCUUUUUGCUUUCCCCAAAAAUAUUUAAUCCUGUAUUGUGAUGGACUAUUUGACCCUUUAAUGCACAGUAAUUCAGAGGGAAGGGGUUUACUUCUCUGAGACAAAUAUUUUCCAUAAAGACCUGCCGCUGCCUCUCAAAAGCAUAGGUAGCCUCCUUACUGUGAUCGCUGGUUGAUUAAAACAAAGGAACUUGCAGGAAAGGAGGAAGUGCUGCUUUGAUGUGUAUAUUUUAUUGCUAGAAGCACGGCAGGGCGGAAGCAGCAGCAAUGUUAUUAAAGAGAGCAUAGCUCAGUGCUCAGGGUGAGAAACUGGGCUUUGGGAUUCCUGUUUUGUUCCUAGCUCUGCCCCAGGUUAGAGCAUGGGGUAUAGAAAGGUGCUUUAGGUGCAAAUAUAAUUUAAAAUCUACUGGUGCUGAUCCUAAGCAGUUAACAAAGGGGUAAAGGAUGUAGGAACUGCCUUGUCAGCCUGGUUAGGGUUGUGUGGGGCUCUGGGAACUCCAUAGAUUUUCCUGUCUUUGUAACUGUCCCCAUGCUGCCCGGCACUGCAAAAUCAUAUUUAAAAAUGUGAAUGUCUUCUGAAUACUUUGCUGUCUGCUUUUUUCUAGCAGACCUGAAUCCUCUACUUCUCUGUCAUCUUCUCACUUAAUUGCUCUUGUUUCAGCCCAGUUUGCUUGCAGGGUGGCUUGAGCAACAGGGGAGCACUUCUCAAUCUCACUCUUCUAGGCUGAUCCCCUGCAAUGGCUUGGAUUUUAUGCCAGGGUUCCUCUGCAGGCAGUGUGUGAAGCCUGUCCUUCUUAGCAGCGACUGAACACAACCAGCAUCUCUUCCAAAGUAGAUCUUCUGCUUGAUAGAAUAAACACAGAAGACGCUGCAUUUGAUGAAUCCCUGGCCAGAUCUGUGCAGCCGUGUCCCACCUGCAUAAGUCUUCCACACUGCAGGAUGGCAACAGAGGAGCUAGCAGCCAUUCGCAGACAGCUGCAUUCUCAAGCCAAGAUCGUUGAGUCCCUCACCCAGUCCGUAAAUAGACUGAAACAGGAGAGGGAGCUUCAGCAGCAGCGGAUCAAUAAACUGGAAGGGGAGGUUCAUCGAUUGCAGAACAGUCCUCACAGUGGCUUGGAGUCCCUGCUGGGACACAGGAUUGAGGGACUGAAGAGCGAGUUUCAUAACCUGCAGCAACAAAUGUUUCACCAGCCAGAUGGAGAUUGCACUCCGGAUGUGUACCCCAGCUCCAGCAUCUUGCAGGAGAUGCACGAGAGCAAAAAGCUUCUGUGGCAAGAAUAUGAAUGUGUGAGGACAGAGGUAGAGCAACUGAAGCACACGCUGAACCGGCAAGAGGAGGAUCUGUUCCAUCAGAUGUCUGCAACUGAUGAAAUGAAGGGAACUCAAAGUCGAUACUGCAAGAUGCUGGAAGAUCUGAUGAACAGCUACAGAGCUCAGUCUCAUGACUUGGAUAAAGCCAAGGUGGAGACGCGGAGCACCCAGCAGGAGCUCGGCCAUGUCAAAUCUACGGUCACUGACCUGAAAGACCAAAUGAAAAGUCUGUGCUUGGAGAAGCCACUUAUGAAGCUCACGGGAAAGAAGAGAGCUCGUCAAAAGAGCAUGAAGGACUCGCUGAGAGAGGAGAUGUUUACUUCCUCCGUGAUUGAUGAUUCCAGCUCUGAGCUCAGUCUCACAGACGUCAGCUCCGAUGAGCUCUCCAGCACCACAGAGAUCAAGGAGCCAGAAGACCCAUUUUGGGUCACGACCCGUGGGUUGAGAAAUGCUGCUCUAGUCUGGACACAGCAGUUUGAGGAGAUCAUGCAGCUACACCAGCAGAAAACCCCCUUUUGCUGGCCCCAUUCCCUGUGUCCACCAGGAGGCUGUUUGCCCGCACACCUAUUGCAUCAGGACCUCUAUAAGGUUCCAGAAAUACCUCCACCCCGAGCCUGGAGCUGAAGGCAAGCACGCCACGAGAGGAGGCCGGAAGCAUACUGGAUGAGGAUGAGGACCUCGGCAGUGACCUGUCGGACAGUCUGCCUGAACUUAACCUGAGCGACCUGUAACGUGUAGCCAAAGAAAGCCUGCUUCUGUCGAAUAAGAAAAUAAUUAAAGGUGGAACAGGAAUUGGCCUCCUGGAAUUACCCAGAGAGGUGGCGGCAUCUCCAUCCUUGGAGGUUUUGAAGACCCGGGUAGACAGCCUUGGCUGGGAUGAUGUAGUUGGGACUGGUCCUGCUUUAAGCAGGGGGUUGGACUGGAUGUGAUCUCGUGAGGUCCCUUCCAACCACCAUUUUCUGUGAUUCUGUGAAUGGGCAGGCUCCUCAUCUGACCCUGCACACAGUCACCAGCAUGGUGGGCUGUGAAGGAACCAAGGCAGGUUGCGUACAUUGAUAGCACUGGGUGUGCAGUGCCUCCAGUGAUGCAUUCAAAUGCUCUUUCUCUAGAAGACAGCAGUGGGGUCUCGGUGUGGGGUUGGACUUCUGGCUCUCUUUCUUAGCUUCAACCCUAGGGCACGUCUUUGGAGCCAGGCCCUGCAUGUAGAGAGAACACAACAGACCUGUAGCAGCUGGACACAAAUCUACUUGGUCAGCUAAGAGCCAAGGAGAAGCAGCUGAGCUGUGCCAGGUGCUGGGCCACGGCUUCCCCAGAGGGAUCUGAAAUGGUCUGAGAAGGCCCCUUUGUUGAACAGCGUUUCCAUGUCUUCUGCAAGGGGACAGUUGCUUUGGUUUUGGAGAAGAUGGCUGCAGUGGGGAAAAGGUGUCUUAUAAAAUUCUGCUGUUCUUCUGA